GCUAAUAAACCACUUAUUUUAUAUUGUAUUUGUGAUAUUUUCACAUUCUAGUGUUUAUUUUGUAUAAAACAAUUAAUAUUAUGGCAGGCGUCACUAGGCCUAUGAGUCAAAUGAGAAAAAUCGAGUCGAAAGAAGCUCUAUUUCGCGCCAGGAAACGGAUACUCAAGUACUUGGUAUUGAGUUUUCUGAAGCAGGAGGGUUUCUUUCACGCGGCCGAGACCUUCGCGUCGGAGGCUGCACUCACCGGGGACUACGAGGUCUGCGACAAUAUAGAUCUGGACAUUAUCCUACAGGAUUAUUGCAGUUACUACCUUAUACGGUUCAAUAAGCAGCCCCAGUUCUGCCGCAAAGUGGAAGAGAAGCAGCCACCGCGCCGACCCGUCACCAGGCGAGCGAGGACGGAGCGCGCGGCGGAUGAGUUGCCGCGUUGCGACACGGAUGUCGAUCUGCCUUCCACAUUUACAGUCACCAAGAUGUUUAGGGAAAAUGAAGACAUGUCACAAAAUGCACGACACGUUCUCGAGAGGAAACCUCUGGCGGGUUUUAUUGCGAAAAUGUCUUCAGAUAAGAAGCAACUUGUGGAACUGCUGUACCAAGAUAUAGUUAUGCCGAUGGAUGUAGCUUGGGACGAUAUUAAGGGCUUGUCUUCGGCGAAGAGUCUGCUAAUGGAAUCUGUAGUUUACCCUGUUAGAUAUCCCGAAGUGUUUACUGGCCUUCUAGAACCUUGGCGAGGAGUGUUGCUUCACGGGCCUCCAGGAACUGGCAAGACGAUGUUGGCCAGAGCUGUCGCAAGCGAGAGCUCGUGUACUUUCUUUAAUAUAUCCUGUAGCACUGUCAUUAAUAAAUGGAGGGGAGAAACGGAGAAGAUUAUCAAGGUUCUCUUCGAAAUGGCGUCCUACUAUUCGCCGUCGAUAAUUUUUAUUGACGAAGUGGAGACCAUAGCGUCGGAUCGUUCUGCCUCUGGGGAGCACGAGGCUUCAAGACGGAUGAAAGCUCAGCUUUUGACAGAGCUAGACGGUAUCAGCAAGAGGGACGGUGUGGUGUUUUUGUUGGCGAACUCUAAUAUGCCAUGGGUAUUAGAUCCAGCCAUGUUAAGAAGACUAGAGAAAAGAAUAUACAUACCGCUACCAGAUUUUAAGACCCGAGUGGAAUUGUUCGAGAAGUUUCUCAAAGUGGGCAACAUGGAACUAUACCCAAAGGUGAACUUUGAAGAGUUGGCAGCGAAGACCGAGGGCUACUCGGGCAGCGAUAUCAAGCUGGUCUGUAAGGAGGCACUGAUGUGUACUGUUAGGAAGAUGUUGCCCACUAUGAAUGGCAGAGGCAGUGCGAACAAUCGGAAAGACCGCGUGCAGUUAUCGGACAUUUUGUCAGCUAUAGAAAAAACAAAACCGGUCUCCAAGAAUUUGGCAAAGAGACACAUUGACUGGCAGAAUGAAAUGGGCUGUUCUUAGGAGAACCAUUCAAGACUUAGUAAUGCAUCGAAUGUGGAGGUUUUUAAUAGUAAAUGAAUUGAGAAAACUGUUUUAAUAGCGGAAAUGGUAUGACUGUCUCAUAUCUGAUAGUACAAAUCAACAAUCGAUUGAAUGUUUUCAUUUGUUAGUAUUUUUUUUUCGAGUUUCUUUGAGAGUUUUAACAAAACAUUUGCCUUUUUAGUUCUUUUGAAAUUGACUGGGGGAUGUUGGGAAAUAAAUCAGAUUGUUUUCAACUAGUUGCAGUUUCGGAAAUUUUUCUGUUGAACAGUACAUGCUAAUUUUUUUAUACUACAAAGGUGGCAAACAAGCAUACACUCCGUCAGAUCGUAAACGGUCACUGUAGCCUAUCGACGCCUACAACAUUAGGGAUAUCACAUGCGCGUUGCUGAAUAUUAUUAUAAAAAAACCCAUGCUUAUCAUGAUGCCCGUGAAGACUUUUGUAUAAAAAGAAUUUGGUUACAUUUAAGAUUUAAUGGAUACUAAAAUAAAACAUUAGUAUAAUUUAAUUUUAUUUAAUUAAAGACAUCUAUGAAACACCGCCUCGUUCUAUACAAAAUACUCGUUUAAAAAUACAUAAUCUAAGCAUAGUUACAUUACAUUUACAAUUCCUCCACUACGUUUUGAAUUUGGUAGGCAAAUAAAAUAAGUACGUAAAUAAUACAAUAAAAAAUUAUAAAAAAUAUCA